ACGGGCUCUUUCCUCUCGUCUCAUCGACCAACUCGCUCUCGCGCUGACGCCUUCUUACUUUGUACCUACGCUAUUUGGCCAUGUUUUCUGAGCCUCUGAGGCACUUCUCGUUAAGGAGAACAAGUGUGUUGGUGGGAAGCCAUGUGUGCAACGUCUCUGCAAGGAAUAUGCCACUGUCAGCCUGGGACCACAAUCUCUGUGCUCCGAUGCUUGCAACGAUCGGCGCGCAGAUGUCUACUUCGGCCAAACCGACUGUUUUCGAAAACGAUAUCAUCGUUGUACGCGGAUUGGUACAAUCAGAGCGCGACCAGAAGGUCAGGGAAGUACGGUUCAAUAAGAAGCUGCUGGAAGGGAUGGCACGGGUACAAAAGGCGGGGAAGCGGUCAAGGGUGUAUGAGUUGCGAAAAUUGAAUAAAAAGGUCGAACUCUUCCUGGGAAGAGCCAUACAAUCUCCCCAGGAAAGCGAGAAGUAUAGAUGGGAAGCUAAGAAGCAUACAGAACUAAUGCAUGCUAUAGCUCCUCUACAUCCAGGUUUUUACGCGAAUACCGCCUUUAAGCGGAGGAUAGAACAGGAAAGCAGGUUGAUAACUCAUGCGGUCGAAAAUGCUCAAUUCGGACAUUGAAAAUGUAAUAUUGGUGCUCAAGACAGGCCUUCCGUCCUUGUCGUCCACAUAUAGGCUCCGCAAACUCCCACCCGCCGCAAGAGCCAUGAUGGAAAAGCAGUAUG